CACGGAUUCUAGGGAGGACUAAAAGAAAGCUCUGGAAGUCGUCUCUCCUGUACUGAACGUUCUGUGGGGUGUUAGAAAAAUAGGAAGUGACGUCGUGGCCCAGACCAGCCCGGCCUCAGGGGCGGCGGGGAGCUGGUGUCCGCCCCUAGGAAGGCCUGGGCGGGGCUGUGCAGCCUCGGGGGUCGAGCGGGCCUCUCCUGUCCCUCCCCGACCCGCCCGCAGCAAGUGAGCCGGGGACAGAACGGACUUCCCGCUUCACACUUCGGGACACCUGUCGCCUAUUUUUUUAAAAUAUCCCAAUUCCAAGAAUACACUAGAUAACAUUUUUUUUAAAAUGAAGAAGAAAUCAUGAAGAAUUGUUUUAAUUAUUGAAACCAUUAUUGAGACCAUGGCUACAUCAGCAAAUCUGGACAUUGGGGCCCAGCUGAUUGUGGAAGAGUGUUCAAGCAGCUAUAGUCUUUCUAGCGUGCCAGACAUCAAAAUAGAACAUCCACUGGACCCAAACUCAGAAGAAGGAUCAGCUCAGGGAGUUGCUAUGGGAAUGAAAUUCAUAUUGCCUAACCGAUUUGAUAUGAACGUGUGUUCUCGAUUUGUGAAGUCCUUAAAUGAAGAGGAUAGUAAAAAUAUUCAAGAUCAAGUUAACUCUGAUCUGGAGGUGGCAUCUGUCUUAUUUAAAGCUGAAUGCAAUAUCCAUACAUCGCCUUCUCCUGGAAUUCAAGUAAGGCAUGUCUACACCCCCUCUACAACAAAACACUUUUCACCCAUAAAACAAUCAACUACCUUAACCAACAAACACAGAGGAAAUGAGGUCUCUACCACACCUCUGUUAGCAAAUUCUCUGUCUGUUCACCAGUUGGCAGCUCAGGGAGAGAUGCUCUACCUGGCUACUCGUAUUGAGCAAGAAAAUGUUAUCAAUCACACGGAUGAAGAAGGAUUUACUCCCCUGAUGUGGGCUGCGGCACACGGGCAAAUAGCUGUGGUAGAGUUUCUACUUCAGAAUGGUGCGGAUCCCCAACUUUUAGGAAAAGGUCGAGAAAGUGCCCUGUCAUUGGCCUGUAGCAAGGGCUACACGGAUAUUGUCAAAAUGCUGCUUGACUGUGGAGUUGAUGUGAAUGAGUAUGACUGGAAUGGAGGGACACCUUUGCUUUAUGCUGUACAUGGGAAUCAUGUGAAGUGUGUAAAGAUGCUGUUAGAAAACGGAGCUGACCCAACAAUUGAAACUGACUCUGGGUAUAAUUCUAUGGAUUUAGCUGUAGCUCUGGGCUAUAGAAGUGUCCAACAGGUUAUAGAGUCACAUUUGCUGAAGCUGCUUCAGAAUAUCAAGGAGUGAUGCAGCCUCAAAUAUGUUGUCUGCCCCUCUGUUUACUUCUUGGUCCUUAUAAAUGACGGUUUUAUUUACUUGUAAACUGUUACCUCAGUUGCAAUAUUUUCUGAUUUUUAGUAAGUUUUAAUAAAUAUUCCUCUGAAUAAGUCCCUGGUUUAUAAUAAAAUUAAUGUUGAUGCUUUUUAUAAAUGUGUUUUAAUGUGUAUUUAAAAUUAUAUAUUAAUGUUUUAUGGCGUGUACAUUUUUAUGGUUGUUUGUAUUAAGUGCUAUAAUUUGACACUUUUAGAAAUUCCACCCUGUUUAUCUUCACUCAUGUAUUAACUCAUUGACUUUACAUAGGGCUUGCUGUAAGUCUGUGAGGAAAAAUAUUCUUGUUGAAUUAAAAAGUACACAAUGUAACUGUUUACAAAAUGAUGUUAUAAAUAAAGUACUUUUUCAGCCCA